CGAUGCCUGUACUUUACUUAAAGCUAUUGCUUUUAGCGAAAAUCGUCAUUCAGUGCGAUGGAUUUAAAGACGAUACUAUUGGUAGUCUUACCUUUACUGGUGAAUUUCUGUUGUGCAACCGAAAUCGAAACAACUUCACCUUUUGUUGCUGAACUUUAUGUUACCAAUAUCUUAUCCCCUCGAGGUUUGCUUCUCGACAGUUCUGGUGAUAUUUUGGUAACGAGUUCAAAUGCCAGCACAAUAACUGCAAUAAGAGAAACAAUCGAUGAUGCCGGCAAUUCAACAGUAGAAACUAGAAUCAUAGUCAAUGCGCCUGAAUUGGUAUUGACUCAUGGCAUUGCGUUUUUUGGCGGCUUUUUGUAUGCAUCAGGUCAGUCGACGGUUUAUCGUUGGCCUUAUGUACCCGGCCAGUUUUCUUUGAUCGAUGGGACUACCGUUGAAACGGUGAUCAACGGAAUGGAAACUGGUGGACACACUACCAGAACGUUAAUAUUUGACGCUGCUGGAAUACUUUACGUUAGUAUCGGAAGCGAAGCCAACAUUGAUCCAGAUUCGAGGAGAGCGAGAAUUCGACGAUUUAAUUUAAGUUCACAAACUUUACCGAUUCCAUUUAGCGAUGGUGAAUUGUUUGCCGAUGGUGUAAGAAAUACGGUCGGUCUAGCAUUCAAUUCUGAAGGUGUCCUUUUUGGUGUUGAUAAUGGGCCAGACAGGCUUGAACAUCCCGAAUUCGGACCUGUUUGGGAUGAGAAUCCUGGUGAAGAAAUGAACAAAUUCACUUUGCCGAGUGGUACACACUACGGAUAUCCUUACUGUUGGUCGAGUUACAAUCUUGAAGGAUAUCCAGCAGGAUCACAAUUCGCGUGGCCAACUUUCGACACUCACAACGAUUCUUACUGUCAAGAUCCGAAUAGGAAUCCUCCUCCAGUUUUGUCCAUGCCCGCUCAUUCAGCACCACUGUCUAUCGAAUUCUACAAAGGCGAAAAUUGUGGUGUAGAUGGAGCCUUCCCUUGUUCUUCAAUUGGGGAUGCAUUCGUUGCCUUUAGAGGCUCUUGGCAUCCAGGUGUCUCAUAUGGAUACAAAGUAUCAUGGUAUCCUUUCAACAACAGCACGCAACUACCUACUGGGGAAGUAACCGAUGUAGUAUUCGCUCCAGAUGCUACCAACUCCUGUAACACUUGUUUGAGGCCUGUGGGUGCCAUUUUCAACAAGCGAGGUCAUUUGAUAGUGGCUGCGGAUGCAACAAAUGAAAUUUACAAAAUUACUUACGCUGGCAACGCAGGUGCUAGAUCAUUUGUGGCUUUUAACUUAAUUGCAUUUGUCACGUUUUUCCUGGCUUUAUUUACGUAAUUAUGUAAAUCGUUUACAAGUCAAAAUAAAAUAAUUUUUUUUU